AUGAAACAAACAAAACGACAACGACAAAACAGCAGUUAUGCUGAUGAUAAACAAAAGAAGCUAAAAGACGAUCCGGAUAAAUCAUCAAGAAAAUCUUGCACUCGUUUUGAAGAUAUUCCAAAUGAAAUUAUCUAUGAGAUAUUCGAAUUUCUUGAUGUUUAUCAUAUGUACACAGCUUUCUUUAAUCUUAAUAUACGUUUUCAAAAUCUUUUUGCUAAUUCAAAUCUUCCCAUAAAAAUUAAUCUUUCAUUAACGUCUAGAUCGACUUUUGAACAUCAAUACAAACCUAUUAUUAUGCUUAAUAAACAUCGAAUAAGUUCACUUCGUUUAUCAAAUCUAUUUACUAUCGAUAUGAUUUUUUCACCAAUUCGAAAUGUAUCAAAAUUGAUACAUCUUCAAACUCUUCACAUGAAUAAUAUUCAAUCCAAAUGUAUUGAAAAACUUCUAAAAUAUUUAGCAUCUUUACCAUGUCUCUCUUCAUUGAUUAUCCUUGUUGUCGAUUGUGUUGAAAAUAAAAAUAAACUUUAUCGUCGAAUAUUUCGUCUACCCGUAUUGAAAUAUUGCAAAAUAACAAUGACAAAAUUUGUUGAAUCUGAACCACUAUCCAUUGCAAUUAAUAAAUAUAGUUCUAUUGAGCAUCUUGUUAUAAAUAAUGGUUGUUAUUUGCAUGAGCUUAUUUCUCUUUUAUCAUAUGUUCCACAACUUCGUCGUCUUUCAUUGCGUGAUCUAUAUGGAACUUUCAUUAAACAAACAGAAUUACAUUCAAUUGUGUUUAACUAUUUGACACAUAUUUCUAUAAAUAAAACAAAUAUGACUUUCGAUGAAUUUGAAUUAUUGAUUAGAAAUCAUUUUCCACAAAUUCAAAGCUUGUAUUUUUCAAGAAAUUUCGAUGAUGAAUUUUUAAAUGCAAAUCGAUGGCAACGAUUAAUUUCAUCUUAUAUGUCACAAUUACGUAUUUUUGAUUGUCAUUGUACAAUUUCUGCAUUUAACGAACGGAAUUUCCAAGACCUACUUAAUCAUUUUAAUUCGCCCUUUUGGAUUGAGCGACAAUGGUUCUUUACUCAUCAUAUUCGUUCGACAUCAAUGGAUAGGUGUAAUGGUAUGACUAUCUUUUCUACCAAUCCGUAUAGGAGAAAAUAUUACACAAUAUAUGGAGAGAAUGGCGACAAAUAUUGGUCACAUGAUCAAAAAAUUAAUUUGAAUACAGUCCAUUUUGUUCGUAUCGAAGAUAUAAAAGCGAUAAAUGAUUGUAAUAAUUAUUUUCCAAAUGCUACUGAACUUACUCUCAUCUGUAAGUCUAUUAAUGAAAAUCAAAUUCAUCUUUCGCCUAUACUUAAUUCUAUUCUUCCUUUAAAACAACUUACUAAAUUAGUUUUUGAUAUUUAUCAUUAUCGCUUUGCAACGAUCAUUGAACUAUUAUAUUUCACAUCUAAUAUUCAUACAUUAAUACUUAAUUGUACAUCUCUUUGCGAAUCAAGUUUUAUAUUUAUUCAACAACAUAAAACUUUUCAAUUGGUAUCAAAGACAAAUAAAAUUACUAAUCUGAUGAUUUUAACAGAAUGCACAUUCGAAGUGACAAAGUUACUUGUUAAUCUUUGUCCUCAAUUACAACAUCUUACAAUCAAUAUAAAAAAGAAUGAUUUCGCACCAACUUUACGAUUUUUAUUAUCAAAAGAUAAUCACUGUAUUCGCCAUUUAUUCUCAUUGUAUCUCCAACAUGUACCUGAAGAUCAAAUUCUAAUAUUGAACGAACUUAUUAAACCAGACAAACUAUUUGGUCAUUGUUUCAUGAAAGUAUCAGAAGGUUUCUCGGGCAAUGUUUAUUUAUGGUGGUAA